AUGGCUGCCCAGCAGCAACCAGAAAGAGCCAGCCCGGGGCAAAGAUGGUCGACCAUUCGUCGGCCUACCCAAGCUCCGCGGCAGAUCCCGACGCAGGUCAGGGAUAAGAACCCCAUGCCGGAGCCCGUGGUCAGCUCCGAUAGCGACGUGGAGAUUAUCGGCGAGAGAGUGGCGCCUCCGCAACGCGAUGGGUCAAACCCGAGACCAUAUUCCGGUCGGGAGGCUAUCAUCCAGGCCACUGUGCAACACCAGCUGAAGUCGAAGGCGGAGAUGGACGAGCAGCAGCAGCAGGAGGAACAGCGGCAGCAGCACGAAGAGCGGCGGCGAGUGAUGUGGCAGGAGGCCGAAAAGGCGCUCCGACCGCACCAACAGGAGCAGGCCGAAGUUAAGCGCCUGCUGAAGAGGGCGGAGGAGGAGGAACGCCAGUAG